GCGCACUGUCUCUUAGAAAUCCGCAUUUUGCAUUGCAACGGGAACCCCCGAUGACAAACUAAUCUUCUCAUCGAGAAGAAAAUCUAAAUCAGUGCGUGGCCGUGGAAAAAAAAAGAGGACAAGCGAAAAGCAACAUGUCGGCGUUUCACAACGUUUGUCGACGAGCAUGCUCCGACUCGCUCUUUUGCCACGUGAGCUCUAGUACGUCGUCCAGCUCUACUCUUACUACCGGUUUAUUGCCCAUGAUGAAGGCGCUUGAUCCGACCUGCUCGAGGUCCUUGCUGCUAGCGAGCAAAAUUGGAAUGUCCCCAGCUGCAGUAGUGGGCCGCGCCUCGUGCGGUUCCGCAGGCGGGGUAUUUCGUCGCUCGAGGCCGCUGUUCAUUGCCAAGAGCAUAUACCACCGAAUACACCCGAAGCACCGUAUUUGGGGCUGGUUCCGAGCGCCGCGCGGCGCCAGUAACUUCAAGUGGCACUGGCGAAUACCUUACCAGCGACCUCCGGAGGGGGCAUCAGGACGAGCCGCGAGCGGAGUGGAGGAGAAUGGUGAACAAACCUCCCUCCAAGAACAUCAAGAUGAUCAACAGAUAUCACGGUACCACUACCCGGAAGUGAGUAAGACGACUGGUGAGCAGAUUGACUGGUACAACAGUGAACCGAAAUCGGGCCUGGAAUUCCGCGACGUGUAUGGAGAAAAUACGAUCGAGUUGUCCAACUUGCCCAUGGGCGUGACGCCGGAAAACUUGCAGGAGCGGUUGCGGCGGUUCUUUUCGAAAUUUGGUGGCCUGAAGCAGGUGAGAUGCCUCCCGCACUCCCACGACCCCUACCAAUGCUCCGGUACCGGGUACGUGACAUUUGAAACGCGCCGGGCCGUCUGGGACGCCCUCCACUCGCCUCUGAAGCUGCCCGCGUCGUUAUGCGCGAAAACCGUGCACAUGAAAUCGCUCGAUAAUGACAAGCAGAAUGACCCCAUUUGGAUCAAGAAGCGGGAGCAUUUCAACGACCAGCUGCUGUCGCUUGCAGAGCAAUUGCACACCGCCUGCGAGGCACGGCACAGCGGAGCCUUCUCAUCUACUUCCUCCACUGCAUCGUCCUCGUCCAGCGCCGCGCCUCUGGCGGUAGACAGCAUUGCGGUGGAGUUGAAGCUGCUGGAGCAGAGUCGGAAGCCUGCCGGGCACGAAAACGUGACGACAAGCAUUGCGGACGAAGCAGUCUACCACCGGUUUGGGUCGUGGGAACGGUUUCUGACCUUCCGCGAAUUUGCGGAAUUGUUUCUCGUCUUCCAACUGGACGCUAGCGAAAUGCGAGGCGAGAACAGGGAGAGCCUUGCGCUAUCCAGUCCAACGGUAAACCACGAGAGUGGGAUGUCUUUUCAGCGACGCUGCCUCGCAGGGAUCGGGUCUGCGACAGGACUGUUUUCAUCGUCUUGUUCACCAGAGCAUCAGCCUUCCGCUCCUUCGGUUUCCUCUCUGCGAGAGAAAAAUGAAAAUGGAUGGCAACUACAUCAUUCAGAAGUGGCCAACACAUCUUCACCAGAGACGGCCAGGAGGUCAUCUGGCGCAGAAGUACAAGACGGCCGCUGGUACGUUUCCGCAAAGAUGCUGACGGCCGAGCAGCGAGUGUCGGUCUUGACGCGGGCGAAGUUCAGCUUGCACAAGAUGCUGGAAGAGGAGUUGAGUGUGUACUGGCGGAAGGGGAAGAUGGAGUUGCCGGAGUACACGAAGAAGGUAAACGCCAUUUGGCACCACAAGCCCGUGCUGCCGUGGCGCCUGCAGCGGCAGUCCUGGCCCACGGACAAGGGGGCCCCCUUUCAUGAACUGGCCAUCGUCCGCCAGCAGCUCAAGGUAGCCCGCAAUGAGAAGCGGCAGCUGAAACGCGCACCGCGCAUCGCCAAGGAGCGGGAGGAGAAACGAAAACUCCGGGAACAAAAGGAUCUCGAAAAAGAGGCCUGGAACGAGAAGCAGCGCGAGAAGCGCACGCAGCAACUGCGAAUGGCCUCCUCUCAGCUGGGACUCCUGGCGAAUACGUCAACUUUUAAGCCCUUAACCGACGACAAUCAAAAAGUCUUGCACCUGCUGCAAACAGGGAAAAUCAAAGACGGCGACGUUUUCGACGCUGCUAAAACCAACCUUCGCAACUUCUAGAAAAAAUAGCACUAAUAGAUUGAUACUUCGUGUGUACUUCGGCCACUAUGCCACGGUAGUUUUGGCGGUCAAAGUUAGACGCUGACGCCUC